GGCAGGGGCGGGGCUUCCGGUGUCGCGUGUAGGCGUAGGUUUGUGAUGUGGCGGGUCGGUGCCCGCGGAUGGCGAGCUCCCCGCAUCUCGUCUGGACGAUAGGGGGAACGCCGGCGAGGGGCCCCUCCUUCGCCUCUGUGGGACCCAGGGAGGGAUCGGCUGAGCCCGCGGGGACCCUCGGCGCCUACGCGCGGCUCUGCGGUCCCCAGCGGCCCGAUGGAGGCGCGCGUGGACCCGGCCCAGGGCCCUCUGACAUGGUCUCGCUGAUUUUAGUUGCUUGUUCAGGAUCUGUUUCCAGCCCCGGAUCGUGAGCGCCUGUUGCUGCUCUGUGCCAAGACCUAGAAUGGCCUGGGCUUGUAAAAGGUACUCAAUAAAUGGUUGAAUGAGUGAAUGGGUCUCCCGCUUAGGGGCUCCCAUCAUACUUGUACUAAAUGCACACAAACCCCACCGCGGCCUUCAGGGCUGUGCUGGAUCCGCUGGGGAUACACCUCCUGGCUCCUCCCCUUCCCUUCUCCGGCUCAGCGCACCCGGCUGGGUGGUGCUGAACUUGCAAAGUCUUUCCUAUUUUGCAGCCUUCCUCCUUGCCCUUCCCUUCAUCCGACAGGCCUCUGCAGGGCUGUCUCUCCUGUGCAUCAGUGUCCCCUACUACAAGAGCCUUUUCCUGGUUGUUUUAGUUCUGGCGAAGGUGCCCCUGGCCCCCACCUGCCUGUUUUCUGGAGACAGUGUCAUCUUUUGCCAGAUGUUCUGAUCCUGUCUCUGAUGUGAGAUUGCGGGCUUUCUAGAGCUGCCUAAGCCCCAGGCUGCGGGCUGUGACAUGGACGUGAUAGUGGCAUUUACGUUAUGGGCUGGGGGAGGAUUAGGAAAAGUCACAAAAAACUUUGAACACAUUCGACCCUGGGCACUCGAGUGUCCACAUGUAAACCUUUUCGUUUUAGUUCUCAGAACUGCCUGGUGAAGUGGGAAUGAUUAUGGUAUCGAUGUGGAAACCAAGGCUUAGAAAAAUGAUGUGAUGUCCUCCCCACGGUCACAGCUAGCAAGUGUUGGAUUCAGUCUCUGGGAAUCUGGCUCCAGAACAAGGGACUUUUAGUCACUUUACCUCAGUGGUAAAGCAGCUCUCUGCUGGGGGCGGGCACACCGGGAGGACCUCGGCUACGACUGCUGCGGUUCUCAUUGUUGGGAGUUACCAUCAUGAUCCUUUUCCCUGUUCCUCUCAUGUCCAGAUCACUUACUGCCCCCACUGUCCUCAUAGGAACACCACCCUCUGUCGUCUCCAGCGGCUACCCCAGGAAAGGCCUUUCUCUGAGCCCUAAUUGCACUACGUACAAAGGCUGCCUCUACCUGCCCCUUGAGCCCAGCACAGAGCCCUGCCCUCAGGAGACCUGGGUCUCUCUGCACCUUCCCCAGCAGCUGAGUAACAGGGUCUGACCCCGUCCAACAGCACAAGGCCAAGGCCACUACCUCUGUUUGACUUUCCAGGUUUUGGUUACCUUUAAGGACGUGGCUGUGACCUUCACCCAGGAAGAGUGGGGACAGCUGGAACUGGACCAGAGGGCCCUGUACCAGGAGGUGAUGCUGGAGACCUGUGGGCUUCUGGUCUCACUGGGGCACGCAGUCCCCGAAGCAGAGUUGACGCACCUGCUGGAACAUGGGCGGGAGCUGUGGACUGGAAAGGGUGGCCUCUUGUGGAGCACCUGCCCAGGUGACAGCACCAGACUUCGGACCAGAGACCCAAGUGCUUGCCAGCCGGUUUUGUCUGCGGGAGCCUGGCUCCGGGGAAGCCUGGCCCAGGGACCUUCAAGGGCCUCCAGGUUGGUGCAGGCCAGGGAUUGGGAAGGGCAUCUGGAAACGCAGAAAGGUCGACUGACGCCUGGGAGGGACGCUCACAAGACCCACCUUGAGAGAAUGAACCUUGAAGAUGACGGUUUGGGGACAGAGGACGAUCUGCACCUCCAGGUGUUGCAAAAGAGAGUCUCUCCGGGAGAGGUGCUCCGUGAGCGGGACCCACAGGGACCGGACAGAGGCUGCGCGCUUCGUGCGGGGAGCGACCUCUACAAAUGCAAGCAGUGUGGGAAAGGUUUUAACCGCAAGUGGUACCUCGCGCGGCAUCAGCGGGUCCACACCGGCACAAAGCCCUACGAAUGCAACGCGUGCGGCAAAGCCUUCAGCCAGAGCUCGACCCUGAUCCGGCACUACCUCAUCCACACCGGGGAGAAACCAUACACGUGCCCGGAGUGCGGAAAGGCCUUCAAACGUAGGUCCUACCUCCUGCAGCAUCGGCCGGUCCACACCGGGGAGAAGCCCUACGAGUGCGCCCAGUGUCGGAAGGCCUUCGCCCACCGCUCCACUUUCGUCCGGCACAGCCGCACCCACACGGGGGAGAAGCCCUUCGAGUGCAGGGCCUGCGAGCGGUCGUUUGGCAACCGAGCGCACCUGAUCCAGCACUACGUGGUGCACACGGGUCAGAAGCCGUACGAGUGCGCCGAGUGCGGCAAGGCCUUCCGCUGCGGCGCGGAGCUCCUGCAGCACCGGCGCGUGCACACCGGGGAGAGGCCUUUCGCGUGCGCCCAGUGCGGGAAGGCCUUCCACCGCAGCACCUACCUCCUGCAGCACUCGGUCGUCCACGCCGCGGAGGCGCCCCACCGCUGCCCCCAGUGCGGCAAGGCCUUCAAGCGCCGCUCACACCUGCUGCAGCACCGGCGGGUGCACCCCUGAGGGGGCCCCUCGCGCCCUCCCCCUGCGCCUCUGCCGGCCCUCCAGAGGGGUCCCCGGCGGGAAGUGCCGCUCGCCGUGCAGAACGGCGGGGCGAUUGCUUGGCCCUCAGACGCGUGAGCGGCCCCACCGGGCAUGGGCCGCGUGCGGGCGGCCCCCCCCACCAUCGGACUGGAGCGGCGAACUGUGGGGGGCAGGGCACUCGGCCGCCUCUGUCGGGGACGCACCGUGGAAGGAUGUUCCUGGCACAACCUAGGGGCCUCUAGCCAGAAGGGGCGCCUUCCCUGCCGUUGGAGAAUUCAGAACGAACGGGAGACGUCAAUGUCGUUGCUGUGAGAAAACCCAUGACACG